AUGGUUACUUUAUCUGGAAUAAUUGCGUUGGCAAUUGUACUCCGAAUAGGAUUCUUCUUAUUUGGAUUGUAUCAAGAUGAGCAUAUGCCAGUAAAAUAUACCGACAUUGACUACUUGGUGUUUUCUGAUGCCUCACGUUAUGUUUUCCAAGGACAAUCGCCAUAUCUUCGAGAAACUUACCGGUAUACACCGUUACUAGCAAUGAUGCUCACACCAAACAAUUGGGGGCCCGCUUGGUGUAGCUUUGGGAAGGUAUUGUUCAUGAUGGGUGAUUUAGUGACUGGAGUUUUGAUUGCGAAAUUGUUAGCCAAGGAUAAAACUUUAUCAAAGUCCAAGUGGCUCAUUUUGUCAUCACUAUGGCUUUUAAACCCCAUGGUUAUUACAAUAAGUACACGUGGAUCUUCGGAGAGUAUCUUGACGGUUCUAAUUAUGCUUUCGUUGUACUACUUGAUUGAAUAUGGAAACAUUUUAGCAUCGGCAUUUUGGCUCGGGUUGGCAAUUCAUUUCAAGAUAUAUCCGAUAAUCUACUUACCAAGCAUUUUGUUCUACUUGACAAAUAGCUCACAACCGAUUGUUAAUUACCCCGUGAUCAAAUUGGUUAAUGUCCGGAAUAUCAAGUAUGCUACCUAUACUAUUGCUACAUUGUUGUUGUUCAAUGGAUUGAUGUACUUGCUAUAUGGACAAGAGUUUCUUGAUCAUUCGUACUUAUACCACAUUGUAAGAAUUGAUCAUAGACACAAUUUUUCAGUCUAUAAUAUGGUAUUAUACUACAAAUCAGCAUUGACUACCGCCUCAUCUAGUACCGAUAUCGAGACGUUAGCAUUUAUUCCACAACUUUUGCUAUCAGGCGUCAUAAUCCCCUUGAUAUUCGCCAAGAAGGAUUUGCUUUCAUGCUUAUUUAUACAGACAUUCACAUUUGUCACGUUCAACAAGGUCAUUACAUCGCAGUAUUUUAUUUGGUUUUUGAUCUUUCUUCCUCAUUUCUUAUCCAAGUCGAAUCUACUUCAUACUAGACGCUUCCAUGGGAUAUUUGUGUUGACGCUUUGGAUUGUUUCGCAAGGGUGUUGGCUUUACAAUGCUUAUCGCUUGGAGUUUUUGGGAGAGAAUACACUUGAUUAUGCAUUGUUCAACUCAUCAUUAUUCUUCUUUUUGAGUAACUGUAUAUGCAUUGGUGAGUUUAUUAAAAGUUUAUAG